AUGGAGACUACGUCGGACCAUUUUGCGGCGGUGAACCGACGACGUCUCCGGCCGCAGAACUACAAGUGCCCACAGUGCCCGCAGGCGUUCACGUCGAAACAGCACCGUACGGUUCACGUGCGUGUCAUCCACGAGAAACGUCGUGACUACGGCUGCGGGACCUGCGGUCAAACAUUUUCUCGAAAAAGCGCACAGGUGAGUCAUAUUCGGUACGUUCACGAAGGCCGUCGUGACCACGAGUGCCCGAUUUGCAAAGUACGCUUCGGGCGCCGGAACGGCCUCAACAAACACGUUGUCGCUGUUCACUGGAAACGACGAACUUUCAGAUGUGACUGUGGUGCAGCCUUUACCCGAAAAGAUUGUCUCCUACGGCAUCAGCGGGGUGUCCACGAGGGUCAGAGCCGACCGGGGCAAUCAAGCGUGCAGUCGCCCUCGUACGGGAGCGGCUUAGCGCACGGCUCCGCCGCCCUAGUGCGGACCCCGGUGCCCUCGAAAACGACCACGUCAAACGCUUCUCCCCGCUCGCCUCUAUCGAAGCCGAUGGCGAGCUCGGGUGCGAGCGGCGCUCCGAGUUCAUCCGGUGCGUUUACGCAAUCAUACGCCGACAGGAAUAGCCCUUUAGCUGGAACUUGA